CAGCCAUUACCCUAGAGUUCGUUAUAGCGAUGUUUCAGUGGAUGGCUUUAUAAAUCGCUAAAAAUGACGUUCACAUGAUCACAAUCACAAAGUUUAUUGUAUAAAAUAGAUGCUUAAGAUUCUUAAUUUGAAGGAUUGUUGAUUCUUAUGUAUCGAUGGAUUAUCUAUAGAAGAAUAUAAGUAGAUUCAAUUCAAAGUGUCUGGUCCUAUGUGAGGCCAUGAUCCAGGGCAGUGGGGAGACUAAUCAGGAAAAAAAAACUCAGCAGUCUCAACAUGAUGAAAUUUAUGUUAAUGAUCAGCAAUCAGAUCUGAGUCAAAUUGAACAUUCCUUAACAACAGAACAAAUUCUUUCUCAUCAAGUUUCAGCAUCUCAAAUACACUCAUUUGAUCAACAUAUUGCUUCAUCCCAGCAAAAUUUAUCAGAAAGAAAUUUGAAUGAAUCAUCACUGUCAACUACAAAUGUUGAAGGUGCUGUAAGUACAGGAAAUGCUAUCUAUCAACACUACCUCAUUCCUAGUGUGUCCUUGGGUGGACAAAUUCAAAAUAUUGCCAUUCCAUCUGAAGUGGCAACAUUGUCAGUUCAGGACGAUUCCCACCAGUCAAUCAGUGGAACUCAACCUGUGGACACUACUACAUCAUAUACUAUUAGUUCAGAACAAAACCAGAAUCUGGCACGUAUUUUGGCCACCCAAAGUCAUCAAACAUCUGAAAUAUCAGUUAGUGGAAUUUCAACACCAGAUCAGAUCAGUUCAUUAGAAAACACUUCUGGAUUAAAUACUGCAAUUCAGUUACAGAAAGUGUCCUGUAGUGGUUGUACUGUUUUAACAGUUCCAAUUGUUUCAGCAACAAUGUCUCAGAGAAAUAUUGUUGCAGAUGGAAGACAAGGUAAUGUAGUAACUCAUCUUUCUUCAUCCUCCAUUUCAUCAAGUCAAGAUUCACAACAGACAAUGUUGGAUACAGUAAUGUCAACUGAUGUUUUACAUACAGAUGUGACUAAAGUUCAUUCAUAUAGUCUUGCUAGUGCAACACCAACAUUAUCCACUUGUACAGGUAAUGUAUAUCAUCCAGUAGGUAUGCAAGUGUCUAGUGGAAUUCUUUCAGUUCCUGCUAGUCCUGUUCGACAAAAUGAACAUUUAACUUUAAUAAGUCAGUCAGGUAUCACACAAAAUCGAACAGUAGGAGCUAUUGUAGAUAUGGACCAAAAUAUUUCUCCCAGUAAUAUAUCUGGGAUUGUACAAACCACUGUAAAUAAUUUAAAUGUUUCACUUAAUAAUUCAGUUAUUUCAACAAGUAAUUUGAAUAUGUCACUGGUAUCUAGUGAUUCAAGCCCAGUAAAUAGUCCUCGACCAAAAAGAAUUAAAUUGGAAGAAAAACCUCCAGCAGAUGAAGAGACUGCUUCUAUGAGGAAAAAGAUCUGUGAUUAUAGAAACAAUGAAAUAAAAAGUAAUAAAGAAAAAUAUCAGGAACAUUUAGCAGAAUUAUUUUUCCUUCAAAGUGGUGGAAAUAUAAUGGAUUAUUUAUCAUGGAGAAGGCGUCCAGUGCAGCAGUUUCUUGCAUUCCUCAAAACAAAUGCAUUGGAAAGUGAUGGAGAAGAAGAAAGUUCUGAUACUGAUAAUAAAACAACAAUAACAACAACAGCAAUUCCAACAGUGCUUUCCAGUUGUACUCCGUCUAUUACUACUACAUCAGUAAAACAAGGUAGUACAGUGGAUAACACAUCAAAAUCUUUAUCAUCAACUGUAACUACUACCUCCAGUUCUCAGUCAUCACCAUCACGUCCUGCCAAUACAUCUACUUCUCGGUCAACGUCAGGAUCUGGAAUUCCAAGCACACCAAAACUUUCAAAGUCCCCUCCAUCAGUCACCCUUCCUACAAAUAGGUUGCAUACAAGACAGCAUUAUAUAUCAGCUGUAUAUGAUUCUGCAAUAGGUUCUCAAGAGGAAAUUGUAGAAAGAGCUAAGCAAGAAGCCUAUGUUAUGCAAAGAAUUUCAGAAUUACGAAGGGAAGGAUUAUGGUCUGCUAAACGACUUCCUAAAGUCCAAGAACCACCUCGUACUAAAGCUCAUUGGGAUUAUUUAUUAGAAGAAAUGGUUUGGUUAGCUGCUGAUUUUGCUCAAGAAAGAAAAUGGAAGAAAGCAGCUGCUAAAAAGGUAAAAUUUCAGUUUAUUAUUGUUAUUGAUUUUAUAGGUAGUACAGUGGAUAACACAUCAAAAUCUUUAUCAUCAACUGUAACUACUACCUCCAGUUCUCAGUCAUCACCAUCACGUCCUGCCAAUACAUCUACUUCUCGGUCAACGUCAGGAUCUGGAAUUCCAAGCACACCAAAACUUUCAAAGUCCCCUCCAUCAGUCACCCUUCCUACAAAUAGGUUGCAUACAAGACAGCAUUAUAUAUCAGCUGUAUAUGAUUCUGCAAUAGGUUCUCAAGAGGAAAUUGUAGAAAGAGCUAAGCAAGAAGCCUAUGUUAUGCAAAGAAUUUCAGAAUUACGAAGGGAAGGAUUAUGGUCUGCUAAACGACUUCCUAAAGUCCAAGAACCACCUCGUACUAAAGCUCAUUGGGAUUAUUUAUUAGAAGAAAUGGUUUGGUUAGCUGCUGAUUUUGCUCAAGAAAGAAAAUGGAAGAAAGCAGCUGCUAAAAAGUGCUCUCGCAUGGUGCUAAAAUAUCAUCAAGAAAGAGAAAUGAAAGCAGAAAGAGCUGAAAAAGAAGAACAUUUAAAAUUACGUAAAAUUGCAAGCCAGAUUGCAAAAGAAAUAAAACAGUUCUGGACAAACAUUGAAAAGCUGGUUGAAUUUAAACAACAAACAAGACUUGAAGAAAAAAGGAAGAAAGCUUUAGAUUUACAUUUAAAUUUUAUUGUUGAUCAAACAGAAAAAUAUUCUUCUUGGUUGACUCAAGGAAUGAAUCAGUCCAUUUUUGGGAGUACUCCCACAUCUUUAAAUGAAACAUCAGGAUCUCAGGCUGGUUCAGAUGAUAAAGAUUUUGAACCAAAUACUAGUGAAACAGAUGACGAAGAAACAAUUGAAAAAGAAGAAGCACAAGGCAUCAACAAAGAUGAACAAGAUAAAGAAAUACAGAUGUUACAAAAAGAAAGCGAAUUGCCACUAGAAGAACUUCUUAAAACUCUCCCAUCUAAUAUUUUAGAAAAACCAGCAUCUCCUUUCAGCUGUAAUGAAGAAAGUAGCUCAAGGAAUGAAUCAGAGGAUCAGUUUGAAAAUAAAGAUGAUGAAUAUUAUUUAAGUAAUGAUGAUAUAAAGGAUGAUGAAUCUACAAUACAAGAGCAAGAAUCAAAGGAAAGCAAAGAAGAUUAUGACGCAGAAUUAAAGGAAUUACAAGAAUUAAAUGAUAUCCCACUGGAAGAAUUAGUUGAGAAAUAUGCUGCAGCUUAUGCUAGCGAUGUUGAUAUAUCUACUGUUGAAUCUUCCUCAAAUAGUGAAGAAAAUGAAGGAUCAGAUCUUGAUGAUGAAGAUGAAAUGGAUGAUGAUAAUGGAAAGACAUCUACUAGCAAUAAAGCAUAUGAAACUGAAGAAAAUGAUGAUGAUGAUGAGGAGGAUGAUAUGGAUGAGGAGGAGGAAGAUGAUGAAAUAGAAUUUGGGACAGAUGAUGAAGAUGAAAUUGUUGAUGUGGGAAUGGAAUAUUUGAUAAAUCCAGAAAAGGAACAUAGUAAUAAAGAGGAAGAAAAGGAUGAAACCAAAAAUAGAGGACCAAGUCAAGAGAUUACAGAUAUUGCAGCUGCAGCAGAAAGUUUUCAGCCAAAAGGAAAUACACUUUCAACUACUCAAGUUUGUACUAAGAUACCAUUUUUGUUAAAACAUCAGUUGAGAGAAUACCAGCAUAUUGGUCUUGAUUGGUUAGUAACAAUGCAUGAUCGUAAAUUGAAUGGAAUUUUAGCAGAUGAAAUGGGUCUUGGAAAAACUAUACAAACUAUUGCCUUAUUAGCUCAUCUAGCUUGUGAAAAAGGAAUUUGGGGUCCACAUUUAAUUGUUGUACCAACAAGUGUAAUGCUAAAUUGGGAAAUGGAAUUUAAAAAGUGGUGUCCUGCAUUUAAAAUCAUUACUUAUUAUGGAACACCAAAAGAAAGACGACAGAAAAGACAGGGUUGGACGAAACCAAAUGCUUUUCAUGUAUGCAUUACAUCAUAUAAACUGGUUAUUCAAGAUCAUUAUUCAUUUCGAAGAAAGAAAUGGAAGUAUUUCAUUCUUGAUGAGGCUCAACAUAUUAAAAAUUUCAAAUCUCAGCGAUGGCAAAUGCUACUUAAUUUUCACAGUUCUCGCAGGUUGCUGUUGACAGGCACACCUCUUCAAAAUAGCUUAAUGGAACUGUGGUCUCUAAUGCAUUUUUUAAUGCCAAAUGUUUUUCAAUCACAUCGAGAAUUUCGGGAUUGGUUUGCUAAUCCUGUUACUGGAAUGAUUGAAGGAAGUCAUGAAUAUAAUGAAAGUUUGAUAAAAAGAUUGCAUAAGGUAUUAAGACCGUUUCUUCUCAGAAGACUCAAGUCAGAAGUUGAAAAACAAUUACCAAAAAAAUAUGAACAUGUUAUUAUGUGUAGACUUUCAAAAAGACAACGUUACCUAUAUGAUGAUUUUAUGAGCCAAACAAAAACAAAAGAAACAUUAACAACUGGAAAUUUUAUGAGUGUAAUCAAUGUCCUGAUGCAAUUAAGGAAAGUCUGCAACCAUCCAAAUUUAUUUGAAUCUCGUCCUACUGUUUCUCCAUUUAUGAUGGAAGGAAUAUGUUUCUAUUUGGCUUCUUUAGUAGGAAAAAUUCUUGAAUAUGAUCCUUUCAAAAAUGUAAAUCUUUGGUCUUUGAAUCUUUUAAUUAUUGAUUUGGAGCUUUAUUUAACUGCAUUUGCUGCACAUCGUAUUAAAAAGUUUCAAACAUCUGCUCGAUUCAUAGAAGAUAUAAAUAGUCAACCUGAACCUGCUCCACGAUGUCCUCCUGGUAAGCUUCGUCUUCAAGUAAAGGCACCAAAUCAGACAAAUGGUUCAACGAAUCCAGGGACUUCACCAAAGGCACCAGCUAUUGUACGAACUGCAAUGCAAGGAGUUACAAGAUCGACAUUAGUGUCUUCUCCAAUAUCUAAUCAGCAGCAAAGGAUAGUUGUUGUUUCUGGUCCAAAUUCUGCUCCUUCAUCUCGUGCCACUAGUCCUGUUGCUGCUAUUGGAAUUGGAAAUAAUCCAACAAUUAAUCAAACAUCUUCAACAGAGUAUACUCUUCAAUUAAUACAACAGUCUACAAGCAGUAAUUUUUCUGUUGCACAAUUAACUCCAGUCAGUUUAGCAUCACAAAUGGUAACAACAACUCCAAUCACUGUUCAGAUCCAACAAACAGGACAAGGAGGUGCAAGAUUGGCUAUGCCUUUAGGAAUUGGAAGAUUGGUCCAGACAGCUACUGGACAGCAUAUAUUAUUGACACCAGCUUCAACAGUUGGAAAUGCAAAUUCUGAAACAUUAACUCUUGGACAGUUUCAACAGUCAGUUGCUGUUACGCCAACUAUUGCUGGAAAUGUUUCUGCUUCUGUAGUAGUCCAAGUUCCACCUAUAGCUACUCCUUCUGUUUAUACUCAAGCAAAUAAAUUCAGUAUUAGUGCAAAUCAACCAAUUUUAACAAGUAAUGCUUCAUCUGGCAUAAUAAAAAAUUUGACUAGUGGCAUAUCAACAAUAGCAACCACUAAACCUGUCGUUCGAGUAGCUCCAUUGAACAUCAAUCCUGUUUCAAAUACUACUGUUUCAGGCUCUUCUGUGUAUAGUACUAAAUCACCUGUAAUGCAUAUUCCUACAAAACCAGUUACACGUUCCGACAAUCAGUCUCAAUUACCAUUCAAAACAGAUUAUAAGAAGAAUGAUAACAGAAAGUCAAUAUUUUACAUGGAAUCUUUAGUUGAAAAACGCAAUGAAAGACAAAAAGAGAAAUUGGAAAGAUUGGGUUAUAUCAAUGCAAGAAGAUGUGUUGCACGUCCUCUUUAUGGAUUAGACCUUAUUAAAACUGUUACUGUAGUAAAUGAUAUUCAACCAUGUUCUCAGUCAAAGCCAUGGCAUGGAAUGGGAUAUGUCAAUUGCUACAAUGCUCCUUAUGUUCAAGAAAGAUGUUCUGACUAUUGGUAUUAUACUCAAGCACUUUCUUCCAUGAUUCAUACUCCAGAAUCUUACCUCGAAGAAUUAAAAGAUAUUAUUACAAGGUAUGUUUUUGUCGUUCCUGGUGUUACUGCACCUCAAAUUACAAUGCAUACAUCUCAUCCAUCUCCAUCUGCUGUGAAUGAAGAAAAGCAUAGAGUUCAAUUUUUGCAUCAAGAACUAUCUGCUAGAUGUUCUUUACUCCAUCCAAUAACAAGUAACACCAGAACUCAAUUUCCUGAAUUGAGGCUUAUUCAGUAUGAUUGUGGUAAACUUCAAACAUUAGAUAAAUUGCUCUGGCAAUUGAAAAGUGAAGGACACAGAGUACUAAUUUUUACACAGAUGACAAGGAUGCUUGAUGUGUUUGAACAGUUUUUAAAUCACCAUGGCCAUACUUAUUUGAGAUUAGAUGGAACUACAAGAGUCGAUCAAAGACAGGUACUAAUGGAAAGAUUUAAUGCUGAUAGAAGAAUAUUUUGUUUCAUUUUAUCAACACGAUCUGGUGGAAUUGGAGUAAAUUUGACAGGUGCAGAUACUGUUAUUUUUUAUGACAGUGAUUGGAAUCCAACAAUGGAUGCUCAAGCUCAAGAUCGAUGCCAUAGAAUAGGCCAAACUAGAGAUGUUCACAUAUACAGACUGAUAAGUGAAAGAACUGUAGAAGAAAACAUUUUGAAAAAAGCUAAUCAGAAAAGAUUACUUGGUGAUUUAGCCAUAGAAGGAGGGAACUUUACUACUGCAUUCUUCAAAAAAAAUACAAUUAGAGAUUUGUUUGGAAUUGAUCUAUCAGUAUCAGAAGAAGUUGAUAUUAAAGGAGAUGAUGAUAACAAACCAAACUUUGAAUUAGAAGAAAAAUUAUCAGAAGGAGAUAAAUUAACACAAACUCAGUUUGAACAGGCACUUGGCAUGGCAGAAGAAGAACUUGAUGUUCAAGCUGCAAAAACAGCAAGAGCAGAAGCUGCUGCUGAAUUAGCAGAAUUUGAUGAAUCAAUUCCUAUUGAUGUUGAUAGUCGUGAUAAUGAAGAAAAAUCUCAAGCUGAAGAAGAAUUAGACAAACUAAUGGAACAGUUGAGUCCUGUAGAAAAAUAUGCAAUGCAAUUUUUGGAAUCAUUACAAGAACCAUUUUCAUUAGAGCAGUUAAAACAAGCAGAGGAGGAGAUUGAAGCGCAAAAAAAGGAUUGGGAAUUAGGAAGAUUAAAAGCUCUGAAGGAAGAAGAAGAAAGACGUGCUGCAAAAAUUGAUGAUGAUGAGGAACCUCUUCUUACUUAUGGGCGAGAGGAUGCUUAUACUCAGGUGGCUAAAACAAACAAAUCUCUAAAAGGGAGGGGCACUAAAUGUUUGGGUAAAAGAAAUAGAGGGGGGAGUUGUGAAUCAGGAAAUAGUACACUUAACACAAAAACACCACAACGCAGAAGUAAACGCAUUAUCAUCAAGAGGGAAUUCAAAGAUAAUAGUGAAAUGGAAGAUAAAGGCAAAAUGUGCAGAAAGACCAAAAAAGUAGUUAAUCAUGUAGAUGAAAAAUUAUUGACAAAGACUAAUUCGAAAGUGAAUUGUUAUCCUUUGACGACAACAACAACAAUUACAACAACAACAAUCACCACCUCAAAUGGACCUAAUAAAACUUAUGAUAGUAAUGAAUGUAAAAAUAAAAUUUCCCAUAAUAUAUUAUCAGGAGUUGGUAGUAAAAUAAAAAAUUCUGCUACUGUACCACUUCCAUUCUCUAAUCCUAAUUUAGUUAUUCGCACUCGACGAGCUUCGGCCAGACAAGCUGAGGCUGAAAAAUUAAAACAAGAAUCUGAUGUUGAAAUUGAUGUCGUGACUGUUAACUCCAGUGAAUUAAGUUUUGGACAUUUGGGAACAAAUAAGUAUAUUUCUUUAAAACAGUCUUCUCCUAAUUCCAGAAUUUCUCCAGAAAAACAUGUAAAAAAGUCAAAAUUUAGUUCCUUAAAGCAAAGCCAAGAAAGUUCAGGAGAAGAACAAAAUGGCGUUUAUAUAUCUUCUACAGGAAAAGAACAAAUGCCUAUAUGGGCACCUCCAACACCACCACAAGAAGAAAAUGACUUGUAUAUUGAUUACAGUAUGGGAUUUCUUUAUGAACACACAAUAAUGCCUGAAUCACAGCUUCCUCCAAUAUAUGUAAAAAAAGAAACAAAACGUCUGAAGGUUGAUAAU